AUGGACAUAGACAAUGCCAGUGACCCUUCAUCCACCCCCGCGGAGGACCGCCGCAAAUCCGGUCGAACGACGCGACGACCAGACGUAUUUUCUCAAAGCAAUCAUUCCGGACGCGAACAAGCACUCGGUGGGAAACGCAAGCGCGGCGAUGCGCAUGACGACGAGGACGAUGACGACUUGUCUUCCGAUUCGGAAAGCGAUGAAUCCUCGGAUGAUGCCGCGGACGAGGAAGAGAUAAAAGCAAAGCGACGCGCCGCUCGCAAGACCAAAACGAAGAAAACAACAUCUAGAAAAAGGGCUCCUGCAUCGAAAAAGCCAAAGGUUGCUACCAAUGGAGUCGGACGACAACUGGCCUUUCGGCCCGCCCUCAAUGGCCGCCUAUUGGCACCGCGUCCCCGGAAUCCCAAGGUACGGCCUAGUCUCGCGGCGGGCGAGCGUGGUAUCUAUGCGGAGGUCUUUGGCAAAAGUAACAACGCCGAUACCGCGGCCGCACAAUGGCUGAAUCUGUACCAACGCAACCAGUGGCAAGCUGUCCGGGAUAUUGUGAACUUUGUUCUGCGAUGCACCGGCUCCGACCUGGAGAUUACUACAGAGGAAGCCGAGGACAUCGACAAUGCGGCUGCUCGACUCACAGACCUCCAGAGCACAUACCAAGACCAGGGCAUCGCAGAAUACCCUCUAAUAUCUCGCGCGAAAAAAUAUCGUGCAUUCCAACCUGUUCUGGAGGAGUUCAUGGUUGCUCUUAUCCAAACAUUCCACCACUCCUCAGUAUUGUACACGGAUGAGUCUCUACUUGAAAACAUCCAAGUUUGGUUUACUCCCAUGAGCACGGCCAAUUGUCGCCCAAUCCGGCAUACGGCCACUAUUGUAUCUCUGGCGAUUAUGAACGCACUAUGUGAAAUCGCUCAAGAGGUUGCGACGACUCUGACUACUUCUCGUAAGCAGCUUGAAAGCGAGAAGAAAAAGAAAUCUGUGAACAAAGGCAGAGUUGAAGCCAUCCAGACGGCCAUAUCAGAGAAUGAACAAAAGUUGCAACAACUGGAUGAAUUUAUUCAAGACGGAUUCGAUGUAAUCUUUGUCCAUCGUUACCGCGAUGUAGAUGAUAAUAUCCGUGCCGAAUGUAUCGCAGCUCUGGGCGGCUGGAUUCGCUCAUACCGAGAGCUUUUCUUUGAAGGUCAAUAUUUGCGAUAUAUUGGCUGGAUUCUCUCAGAUGUCGCCCCGAGCACACGGUUGAUUGCACUGUCACAACUGCUUCCCCUUUAUGAGAAGAAAGAUAAUGUGGGUGUUCUCAAUUCUUUCACAGAGCGCUUCCGUCAGCGUAUUGUGGAGAUUGCUGUCCAAGAUGCCGAGAUCACAGUGCGUGCGACAGCUAUUGAGUUAUUGAUGCAUCUUCGUGAUGGAGGCCUACUUGAGCCCGAUGAUAUUGACGCUAUCGGAAGGCUCGUCUUUGAUGUCGAUCCUCGCAUUCGGAAGACGGCAGGCCAGUUCUUUGUUGCCAAUGUUCAGGAUGCACUCGAGUCGAUGACAGAAGAGGUGGAAGAUGAGGUCAAUGAAAUGUUCCCUGAUGAUGAUGAGGAUGAUUUCGAGUCUCCUAAGCGUUCGUGGAUCAAGUUCAAAUGCCUAGCCGACAUCUUCCACGCCUACGACGAACAGGAGGUAGAGCAGCCAGAAACUACAGUUCCAUCCCGUGGAUUACUUCUAGGAGCGCCGGCAGAUUCGCGAUUCGUUUUGGCGACUGAAGCGAUUUAUCCUCAUAUGGAAGAACUCUCUCAAUGGCAGUCACUCGCUGGCUAUCUUCUUUACGACCACUCCCAAAUUGACGAUAGCCCAACCGAGGAUGACUCCACUGGAGUGGUUCGAAGUCUGUACAAAAUGCAAGAGGGACAAGAAUCUGUUCUACUCGAAGUGCUUUGUGCUUCUGUCAAACUUCAGGUGCUUGACAUCGCCAAAUCUGACAUCGAUAAGCGGGGCCGUAAGAACAAAGCUCUAACGGCCAAGAUCCCUGAGCUCCAAGAGGAGAUCUCUCACAACCUGGCACAAAUUAUUCCCCAGCUUCUUAACAAAUAUGGCUCUUCCCCAGAAGCCGCAUCUGCUGUUCUUCGACUAGAACACUUGGUUGACCUAGACACAAUUCAAGACCUUCAGAAAGAUGCUACAGCUUACUCCGCUCUGCUGAAUGAUAUCAACAGGCAAUUCUUGACGCACUCUGACCAGGAUGUCUUAGCAGAAGCAAGCGUUGCUUUCUUACAUGCCAAGAGCUCCGAAGAGAUGCGAGAAGCCCUUGAAGGCAAGGUGCAGGAGCUGUGGGAUGAUCUCGUGGAGGCACUUGGAGCUUUGUCUCGCAAGAAGGAGGUCCAGAAUGGCAACUCCAUUUCCGACCCAACCCUGACGGAACUCACCAACGCUGUAACUCGAAUUUCAAAUCUUGCCGGCAUCACAGACUGUACAGCAGUUUUAGAAACAGUGCCCACUUCUCGCUCAAAGUCUAAGAAGGAUCACCACGAGGCUCCUUUUAAUACAUUGAUUCACCUCACUGAGCGUGGCACUCUCGCAGAAGACGAUGAUGAGGAUGUUGCCAGGGCAGAGACAGAGCUGGUCUCUAGUACCAUCCGCACAUUGUUAUUCUACUUCAUGUGGAAAGUACAGGCUUUGUCAUCUGCCCUGCGGGAAGGCAAGGCCUCGUUCAGCACAUCUUACUUUGAAGCACUUACGAAAAGUCGAGAAACUUUCUCAUCUUCCCUUAUUAAGAUCAUGAGCGAGCGAUCCAAUCUUGAUGAUCUGCGCUUUACCGCUGCCACCACCUACCUUGAUCUCCAAACACUAUUCAGCACCCUUCGCAACCUAGGGCAAGGCGUCGGAAACGACGAAGAUGUCAUUUUCCAGGCUCAAAGCCUCGUUCAUGAAAUACCAGCUGAAGCGCAAGCUAUUCUCCUUCAGAUCCACAGCAUUACCGAGCGCACCUUCGCAAAGAAAUCCGGUAAAGACCUGGAGCCCGGUGAAGACGAUGAGCCAGAAUCAGAAGAUGAACCCGAGGACGAUGAGGAUGAUAACUCUGACGAUGAGGCCGUGAACACCGAGCGCCUACGUUCAAGCAUCAUCGCCGAGCAACGCUUAUGCGAAUUGACUGGCAAGAUCGUUCUAGCCAUUAUCGGUCGAGUAGCCGAUGCCUCUGGCUCAAAACGCGGUACCUUGAAGAAACGUCUGCUUCGCAAUAAGGCUGGCUUGGGUCAGAACUACCGUGAGGUCUUAUCAUAUCUUGAAGAGCGGAAACCUCGUCCUCCCCGCAGUAAGGGCAAACAGCCCGCAAAACCAGCUGGCCAGGGACAGACACCUGGUGCUGGUGCUGCUAAGGACUUCAAGUCUACAGAGCGUGUGGAUGAUGACGAUGAAGAGAGUGAUGCCGAUGGUGCCGAUGGUGCCGAUCAUGCAGAAGAGGAUGAUGAAGAAGACCUGCGUGCUCGGGAACUCGUCGAGGAAAAUAUUGAUCGUGAGCAUGAUGAGAAUGAAGAGCUAAACAAUGGGACACCUGAACCGGAUGAGGAUGAGGUGAUGGGUGACUAA